AUGGUCGAGGUAAGCAGUGGUUCUCAUCACUUGGAAUCAGUGCCAUGCUCUUGCCCGUUGGCUCAUGCCAGGGGCAGGGUAAAACCACGCGAACUGGCUUAUAGUGCCGAGGAUCUGGAGCAGGCAAAGAGAGUAGCAGAAAAUGGGGAGCAGCCAGAGGAAUUAGUUCCUAUUCGUUUGGACAUGGAAUUGGACGGUGUGAAACUUCGUGACACAUUCUGCUAUAACAAGAACGAGAAACUGAUUACACCUGAUUUGAUUGCCGAAAUGAUGUGCGAAGAUCUCGACUUGCCAACGAGCACGUUCCAACCAGCGAUUGCGUCAGCAAUAUACCAACAGGUAGCAAUGUUGGAAGCAGCUGCUGAAGCACCGCCUUUGGAUCCAAACGUAACUGAUCAGCGGGCGAUCAUGAAACUUAAUAUCAACGUUGGAAAUCAAAGUCUUGUCGAUCAGUUUGAAUGGGAUAUGUCUGACCCGAAUAAUAGUCCUGAAGAAUUUGCGCGAAGUCUGUGCGCUGAACUUGGACUUGGAGGCGAGUUCACUUCUGCGAUUGCGUACUCUAUUCGUGGACAGCUACAGUGGAAUCAGAGGACCUACGCAUUUUCGGAGAGCCCGCAACCGACGGUGGAGUGCACUUUUAGAACAAUGUCGGAAGCACUCGAUGUUGAGAUGGAAAACGAGGAGACCAGCGUGGCGAAUGCCAAGUCGUCGAAGGGUCGUGGUGUUGGCCAACCGCGUCAACGAGCUGAACGAAUUGUGUACGAUGUUGUUGAUAAUGACGGCUCGGCAACCGGUCCUCAGCGAUCAAUUGAGGGAUGGAUUGUGUUUGUGACGAAUAUCCAUGAAGAGGCCACUGAAGAAGACGUGCAGGACAAAUUCGGAGAGUAUGGUGAAAUCAAGAACGUUCAUCUGAAUUUGGAUCGAAGAACGGGCUUUCUUAAAGGUUAUGCUUUGGUGGAAUUUGAGACGCAGAAGGAAGCGGCCGCUGCAAUCGAAGGUCUUAACGGAGAGGAUUUGCUCGUCUGGCACCUUGAUGAGAAAGGAAUAACGGAACGGCAACAACGUACGACAGGUCCAGUUAUUCUCUCCUUCCACGUCCCCACUCAGGUGCUUUCCAGAACAAGAUGCUUCGCUAACCGACCCUCAAUUCGGAGCAGCCAUCACGUCUCCUGUGUGCGCAACGCCGCUACGCAGUCCUUCAAGCAACCUCCCAACGAAGCAGUUCGGCCACUUGGUCCUAUGUGCAAAUUGCCAGAGUUCAAAGGAACAGCAGUAGUCGACGGAGAUUUUAAGGUGAUCUCAUCAGAGGAUUACAAUGGGAAGUGGUUGGUCUUUUUCUUCUAUCCUCUCGACUUCACCUUCGUAUGUCCAACGGAAAUCAUCGCUUUUGGAGACCGCGCCAAAGAAUUCCGUGAUCUCGGUUGCGAGGUUGUGGCCUGCUCGUGCGACUCGCAUUUCUCCCAUCUCGCCUGGGUUCAGACUCCGCGAAAGGAAGGAGGUCUUGGAGACAUGAAUAUCCCAGUACUUUCAGAUUUCAACAAGAAAAUAGCUAGAAACUUUGGUGUUUUGGAGGAGGAAACGGGUUUGUCAUACCGUGGUUUGUUCUUGAUUGAUCCCAAUGGUAACGUUCGUCACACUACUUGCAAUGAUUUACCAGUAGGUCGCUCAGUAGACGAGACCCUGCGUGUACUCAAAGCAUUCCAGUUUGUCGAGAAGCACGGCGAAGUGUGCCCUGCAGAUUGGCAUGAUGAUUCUCCAACAAUCAAACCAGGUGUCAAGGAUAGCAAGGAAAUGUCCGGUGAAUUUUUUGCGAUAUACGGUACAGAGUUCGAGGAUUUGGAGGAAGAUGAAAAAAUCUCGAGAAAGCCGACUGGUAUUCAAGAUCAGAUCGUCACCGAUGAAAAUGGAAGACGAAGGUUCCACGGUGCUUUCACGGGUGGUUUCUCGGCUGGGUACUACAACACUGUGGGUACGAAAGAAGGAUGGACUCCACAGGAAUUCAAGUCUUCACGGGAUCAACGAGCAGUCAAAUUUCAACAAAGAGCUGAGGACCUUAUGGAUGAGGAGGACCUGGGAGAGUUCGGUAUAGGCGCACGACGAAUUCGUACAGCCGAAGAUUUUGGAUCGGGUCGAUCGGCAGAAAAGCGAAUGGCAUGGGAGCAUGAUGUGACGAGCAGUUCCAGUACAUCUAUGGCGAUGCAAGCUGGAGAACAUCAUAAGACCCGUCAGGCGUUCGGAGUUGGAGCGUUCGAGGAGGAUGAUGAGAAUAUUUACUCAAAUUAUGAUCUCAAUCAGUUCGAUUUUGCCCUGGAUGCACCUGGGACGUCAGAAGAGGGUGCAACAACCGUUGACAGCUCGUUUCCACGUUUGAAUCCUCGCAAGUUCUAUGCACCGCCGAGGUUACCUCCGAAUUUCCGACCGGCGCAUCGUCCGAAGGCCUUGGAGUCAGCUAAGCUGCCAGCAGUGUUACAAGAUGCCAUGAAGACGCUGACUAAUAUUCAAAGAGCGAAGUUACUGGGCGAAGACCGCGUGUCCGUGAUGGAGUUGGUAAGUGACAAAGACCGAAAACGCCUAGAGCGGCAUCGAAGUCGAUGGGAUCAGCGUGAAAGAAGCGAUAACGCAGAAGAAGACUGGAAGAGCAGCAAGGAUCGAGUCGAAUUCCCCGAUGAACCGAUGAAACAAGCACGAUUUAAAGAAUUUCUGAAAUACCUUCGAAGAGGGUUGGUGCUACCACAACCGAAGGAACUGUCCGUUUGGGAAUGGGAGUCGGAAAAGAAAGAAUUCGAAGGAAAAUUGACAGCAGAAGAGCGUGGAAUGUUACCAGAGGUACGAGCUAGAAUGAAACCGCUAGCGAAGACCAGCCUCGCUAUGCCUAUACAGGAAAUGAUGCAGAACAAGUUCGCCAAGGAAACGGGACAAUCAGGCCCCGCGAGCAUGCAUGAUAGCGACAAAGUGGCGGCUGUCAAGAUGGGAAUGUUCGGCGAAAGAACGAGGACGACAUUUCAGUGGUACCCACAUAAUUCACUGGCAAAGCGCUUCAACAUUCCCAAUCCAUAUCCUGGAGCUGAGAUCGUAGGCGUGCCACAUUUGCAGAGGAGUACAAAGAAAGAGACGUUACUGAACUUGGGCCUACCACAGACCGCGAACGAUCUUGCGCAAAGGAGAGCGCGAGAGGAGCUUCACCGUGAAGAAGAGUUGGAAAAGGAAGCCAAGGAGCCUAAAGAUGAAGAACUAGAUCGACCUCCAAAAUCGAUAUUUGAUGCGAUUUUCGCAAUCAGUGGAUUCUCUGUGCUGGCCUAUCUCAAAGAUGAAAUAGCGAAGCGAAAGGAAUCGAAAAAGAGCAGGAAGCAUAAGUCAAAGAAAUCCAAGAAGGAGAAAUCGUCGAAAAAAUCAAAGAAGGAAAAGAAGAGCAAGAAAUCCCACCGAAAGCGUCACUCUUCAUCGUCGUCGUCGAGCGGUUCUUCUGUAAUUGAAGUGAUUGACUGA